AUGGAGAACCUGAACAACACUGGACCUGCAGUCGUCUCAGGAUGGGUAUCCAGCCCGAAUACUAGAGGCACGAUGGACAUAAUAUGGUCCUCUUUUCUCACCAUCUUCCUCUGUACAUGGACCGCUGUAUCACUCAAUAUUCCCCAUCCGCACGACUCCAAGUACGACAUAUUUUGCAGGAAGGCGAAGUGGAUGUUCUGGGCUAUCGUGGGGCCAGAGAUCGUCCUUGCGGUAGCAAUUGGCCAAUUUGCAUCAGCUCGAAGAUCGGUGAAGCGCUUCAGAAGUCUCGGCUACAACAUAUGGACUGUCCGCCAUGCCGAAAGCACCCCAUUCCUCGUCAACAGUCGACAAUUGGCCUACUUGGUUGAAAAGGAGUACGUUCAGUUUCCGAACAUUACCGCUGAGGACAUAUGGGACAAGUCGAAGGCGGACACCCUCGCCAAGAUCAUGACGUUGGUGCAAGCUAGCUGGCUUGUUAUACAACUCCUUGGUCGUGCUGUGCUUGGCCUAUCCACUACCACGCUCGAACUUUCGGCCGGGGCCAUAUUGUUCUGCACAUUUGGUACAUUUGUUUGCUGGUCACACAAACCAACCGACGUGCAGAAAGGGAUUGUCCUCACAUGCGAAGCAACUACCGCUCAAAUAUUGAUGGAAGCCGGAGAAGCGGCAGCUGAGCCAUACAAACACACGCCCCUGGACUUCGUUGCGAAGCAGUCUUUCACCUGCGGUUACGACGUCAUGCGUUUCUUUAAUCUACGCUGCGAUAAUCCAGAGCGCCCUCUAAGACGAUUCCCGAACGACCGAUUUCCCGAUAUCUGCACGUGGGAAAAGUUCGCACUGUUUUGUAUGACUUCGGCAUACGCAGCAACGCACAUGAUUCCAUGGAAGCUCGCAUUUCCAACGCGCCAGGAAAAGAUGCUCUGGCGCAUUUCCGCGUUGAUUUUCACAUGCGUCACGGUGUUCUUUUGGGUCUUUGAAACUGUUGCUGUGCGUCAGCGAUUCGGCAGGUGGGACAAGUAUCUCAUAUGGUUAAGACUAAAGAAACCGACCGAAUGUGUCGCGGCGGAUGAAGAGGCGCCCCCAAAGCGGGUAAGGACCGUCGAUCAGCUUGAUGCUUUCGAGCGGGAACAACAAAAUGCUAAGCCGUUGCUGGUGUGGGAGGUUGGCCUGUUGCUUCCUAUCGUUGCCCUCUACGUAUUGGCUAGAGCAUACAUGAUUGUGGAAGUUUUCGUCAGUUUGAGGGAGGUACCAAAGGAGGUGUACCAAACGUUCGAGUUGGCCGAUGUCUUACCUCACUGGUAA